CUUUCUCUCUUUUUUUUUUUCUUUUCUUUUUUCUCUUCUCUUUUUUUUCUCUUCUAUUCUUUCUCUAUCCCCAAACGCCUCCAUCGCCGAAAGCAUAUAUUUCUUUCUUCUCUUAUCGGUGAACGGCCUCCAUCCCCGAACGGCUCUAUCUCAUUCUCUUCUUCUCUCUCUACCGAACAUCUCUCUCUUAUUCUCUUCGACACCCAUUUCACCCCUCUCUCUCGUUGCUUUGUUUUCUCGGACGCCCAAAAUUUUCUGUGCUUUUUUCAUCAACGGCGGGCUCUUCUCUCGUCCAAAAGGAUUCACAGUGCGUAGGGCGUACAUUACUUCAGUCUUCAAGUAUGAGCUCAAGUAGGCAACAGCAACAGAAUGGGGUAACUAGGGACCCGGAUCGUGAGAGGCAACAGCAAACUCUACCUCCGAAGUGGAUUGAAAACAUACUGAAGUGGAUUGUUUUAAACAUACUGAAGUGGAUUGAAAACAUACUGAAGUGGAUUGAUGAAAACAUACUUACAGAUUUACUUUUCUUCUGGUUCGUGUUGUCGGUAAUAGUGGACCCAUUGUUCUUUUACGUUCCGGUGAUUAAUGAAGAAAGAAAGUGCGUUGCUUUAGAUAGAAGAUUAUAUAUCAGCAGUACUUGUUUGCGAACUGUUCUGGACUCGAUUCUGCUUGUGCGUAUCAUUGUGCAAUGUUGUCGUCAUUUUGCAAAACUAGGAGAGUCGCACGAUACAAGACCGAAAUGGGCUGAAAUGACCGGAAAUGCAAAUUUACCUAAACUAUUAAAACUAUUACUGUGGCUCAGCCGAUUACUGUCCUGGUACCGCAAAGCUCAACCGGAAUUGUGGUCAUUGCCGAUUGACGUCCUGGCAAUUCUUCCAAUCCCACAGGUGCUGCUUCCAAUUAUCUUUUCAAAACUGAGAGGUUCCGAAUCUUUGAAUAAAAGGAAAGUCUUGACAGCUGUUCUUCUAUUCCAAUAUCUGCCAAGAGCUAUUCUUAUCCACCUGUUUGCAGUCCAAUUGAGAAAAGCAUUCAGCAAGGAGGUCCAGGACGGUAGACCAUGUAAAAGACUCAUAGCAGUGAAAGCUGGGCUCAACUUGUUUAUGUACAUUGCUGCCAGUCAUAUACUGGGUGGUUUUUGGUACUUUUUCUCUAUCGAGAGAGAGACAGCUUGCUGGCACCUUGCUUGUGAAAAUCACAUUGAAUGCAAUCGAAGUUCUUUUGACUGUAACGACAGAAGCGUUGGAAAUUACACAUUUUUAAACGAUUAUUGUCCUAUACAAACCCCAAAUACAACUGCCUUUGAUUUUGGAAUAUUCCAAGUAGCGCUUCAAUCUGGUACAGUGGCGUCCAUGGAUAUUCCGCGAAAGAUCAUGUACUGCUUCUGGUGGGGCCUCCGAAAUUUGAGUUCUUUUGGUUCAAACCUUCAAACAAGUACGCAUUUCUGGGAAAACUGUUUCGCAGUUUUAACUUCCAUCUCUGGCUUGCUACUGUUUAUGUACUUCCUUGGGCGUUUGCAGAUGUAUAUGCAGUGGGAGGGGCAAAGGCAGCUGCAGGAAGCUCAGCGAGAGCAGGAAGCUCAGCGAGAGCAGCAAACUAGGCAACUUAGAGCAUCCUCAUUGGCUUCGAUGCAUUAGGUCAAGCCAAUGCUAAUGCUCUUAGGAAGAUUUGGAAUUCUGACAAGAAAGCCAGAAAAGAGAAAGUACUUGAGUGGAUAGAGAGACAACCGCGGCUUGAAGAAAUUAAAGAGACGAUCAUAGAUCAAGUAGACAGAAUGUUUACAGAUGAAGAAAACUGGAUCAAGUCCGUGGCAAACGAAAGUAUUUUCGCCACAGAAAGCAUAAUAUCUCGUAGUGAAAAUAAAGCUAUUGUUGAUGCAGAGAAUCCGUUCCCUCAUUUUCCCCUGUUUACUAGAAGAAGGAUUCAGCUACUUCUCUGCUUACCCCUACUACAGAAAUGGGGGUACUAUUGCUUGUCUUUCUCUGGGAUCAUCACUGAGUACGUUGGAUGCAAAGGUUCAUGCAUUCUCUGUUUGUGAUGACCCUAAUUACUUUUAUGACUUUGUUCAAGGCCUACUUGAUGGACUUGAUGCAUACGUUGAAAUAUGUGGUAUAUAACAGAUCUGGGUAAGGCCUACUUAUGUUUAAUGCAUAUGUUGAACAGAUCUGGGUAAGUUUUGUUUUUUUUCCCUAUAAUCUAUGUACUCAUCUAUUAUGUUGGUUUGUUGGUAUAUAACUCAUCUAAGUAGAAAUAAGUAGAAAUAAGAACAGAACAAAUACAACUUUUUGGUUUGCUUAGUGUAGAGUUUGUCAUUUUCUUAGAAUAUAAGAACAUAACCAAGCACAACAUUGAAUAUAACCAAGGAACCAAACCAAAAAAUAGCACAAAUCUGAACAACAGCAAAUGAAAGAUAACAAAGUAAACCAUACUAUAUACUUACAAAGAUAAAACCAGAAAUGUGUGGAACCCUGAAAGUCUUGAAUACAGCCCACACUUUGACCCACAAACUGUAAGAAUACACAGGAAAGUAUAAAAGUUUUUCUUAGGUAGAUUAUGUGUAGGCAGAUUUUCCUUACCAUGAAGAAAGAAAUAAAAUUAAGGAAAUAUGUACCUUCUAAAAGAAAGACCAAAUCAGCUAUACGAGACCAAGUUAGAAGGGAACACAAAUGAGCCAUAAAGACCCUUUUAAGGUGCCUGUUGUCCUCAAUCAUCCAGAUGUCUGUAUGAUGUCUGCCCAUUACAUCGAACUUGAUACCUCUGCCCAAUUACUUACACCAUUGCUUUCAUUAUAGAAGACAAAAUUUAGUGGAAGAUGAAAAUACACAUGCAGUGCUUUUAUUAUUAAUAUUGUUAUAAUUGAUUGAGCUAAAUAAUAUUGUUAUUUACUUGUGCAGGGAAGUAUUGAGAAGAAUGUCACGAGUCAUGACUAUAUAGAGAUUGUAUUUACUGUAUAUGAUUUGUUCCUUUUUCAGCAGAGAACACGUUUAAGACAUGCAUGUCUUACAACACAGACAAAUAUAAGCUUUACCGUAUGCAUGUAUGAUUUGUCCCUUUUUUAGCAGAGAUUGUAUUUACUGUAUGUA